GAUACAAUAUGGAUGCGACCAUGGCAAAUAUUAUGAAACGUGGCUUGCGCUAACGAAAUGCCUUUUCUGUGUAUACGGUAGACAUGGGAUAGAUUUUUUACAAACUUCGUGUUAGUAUAUAUUAAAGAGAGUUGUAAACGCAGCGAACACCAACAUCCGGUAUGGAUAAUGUUGCUCUGCAAGGUCUUGGAGGAUCAAGUGACCCAACUGCCCAGCGGAGGGCAGUGGAAUACUUUGAACACCUUAAGUCAUCUGAGAAUGGUUGGCAAAUGUGUGCUGAUACAUUAAAUACUAGUGGUGUUGAAGGUGAUCAUGUGCGUUUUUUCUGCCUGCAAGUAGUGGAGCACUUCAUAAAGACAAAGUAUGCUACGGCUGCUCCUAGUCACCAGCAGAAAGUCAAGGAGAUGCUCAUGCUUUACUUACAGAUGCAAGCGUGUGGAUCGCUGGACAAGACGUUCCUGCGUAAUAAGGCCGCGCAGCUGUUCUCGCUCGUCUUCGUCGCCGACUAUCCGCGACAAUGGCCGACGUUCUUCACGGACCUCAUCUGCGCGUUGAACCUUGGCGUUCCCGCCGUCGACCUGUUCCUGCGCGUGCUGAUGGCCAUCGACUCCGAGAUGGUGGACAGAGACAUCGUGCACACGAUGAAGGAGGUGGAGAGAAAUACUGUGAUAAAGGAUGCUAUGCGAGAACAGUGCGUGCCGGCCUUGGUAGAUUCCUGGUACCAAAUACUUACGACAUAUGAAACCUCACAUCCAGAGCAGACAUGUAUGUGUCUGGAAGCAGUCGGCCACUACAUAUCGUGGAUUGACAUCAACUUGAUUGCAAACGACAGGUUCAUCCCAACGUUUGUUCGUUAUAUGUCGAUGCCGAUGCUGAGAGAGAGUGCUGCUGAUUGCUUCAAGGAAAUUAUUAGUAAAGGCAUGGACGCCUGCGCGAAGAUGAAGCUGAUCGAUUCACUGAUGACUGUGCUGGAAAAUGCUGGCAUUUUCAACCUUGCCGAGGACGAAGAUGCUGAUUAUUUGGUGAAGCUGGCAGCGUUUGUAAAUACCGCAGGGAACCAGCUACUGCUUGGCUUCAACAAGACGUCAAAGUCAGCGAAAACGACGGCCGAAGGUCCGGCUCAGCUGCAGUCCAUCGAGAAGUACGUGCCGCUGAUGCUGCGUUUCCUAGGCAACGACGACGACGAUGUCUCAACUGCGGUGUGUGAGUUUGCGUCGGAUUAUGUUGCGCUGCUCAAGACGCGAACAACGUCGGAUCUGUCACAGACUCGGCGACAAAACGUAGAGACUAUGCUUUACACUGUGAUUACAAAGAUGAAGUAUGACGACUCUUAUAACUUUGAUUCUGAGGAGGUGGAGAGAAAUACUGUGAUAAAGGAUGCUAUGCGAGAACAGUGCGUGCCGGCCUUGGUAGAUUCCUGGUACCAAAUACUUACGACAUAUGAAACCUCACAUCCAGAGCAGACGUGUAUGUGUCUGGAAGCAGUCGGCCACUACAUAUCGUGGAUUGACAUCAACUUGAUUGCAAACGACAGGUUCAUCCCAACGUUUGUUCGUUAUAUGUCGAUGCCGAUGCUGAGAGAGAGUGCUGCUGAUUGCUUCAAGGAAAUUAUUAGUAAAGGCAUGGACGCCUGCGCGAAGAUGAAGCUGAUCGAUUCACUGAUGACUGUGCUGGAGAAUGCUGGCAUUUUCAACCUUGCCGAGGACGAAGAUGCUGAUUAUUUGGUGAAGCUGGCAGCGUUUGUAAAUACCGCAGGGAACCAGCUACUGCUUGGCUUCAACAAGACGUCAAAGUCAGCGAAAACGACGGCCGAAGGUCCGGCUCAGCUGCAGUCCAUCGAGAAGUACGUGCCGCUGAUGCUGCGUUUCCUAGGCAACGACGACGACGAUGUCUCAACUGCGGUGUGUGAGUUUGCGUCGGAUUAUGUUGCGCUGCUCAAGACGCGAACAACGUCGGAUCUGUCACAGACUCUGCGACAAAACGUAGAGACUAUGCUUUACACUGUGAUUACAAAGAUGAAGUACGAUGACUCUUAUAACUUUGAUUCUGAGUAUUCGAACCCACGAAUGUUUCUCUGCAAGGUCGUCGACGAGCAAGGCUUCUGCCAACAUCUCCGAGCAGCCGAUGACACAGAUGGGCUGCGUGGAGGCCAUACAUCAGAAACACUUCAGGUGUUCCUGACGGCCGUUGUCCGUGCCCGUGCAGUGGCGCAGGUGCAGUCGGGGGCGUGCGCAGUAUCUGCACGGCCGGAUGGUCGUGUGUUUGGAGGACGACGACUGAUAGCGGGUACAUUCCCGCCUGACCGUGGAAGCGCCUGCUGCAAGCGCGCAGCCGACGGCUCGGGCAGCAUCCAGGAGUUCAUCCCGCCCAUCACCAGAUCGAUCGCCAGUUCAAGUCAGCAGAGGUCCGCAGCUAAGGUCGCGAUUUUGUUUGUCGCGAUCGUGCUGCGUCCCGAUUGCGUCGGGCCGGCGUCAGCGAAGUUGGUGGUGCCGCUGUUUGCACCAGGUGAUUCAUGCCGUAUUGUGGCAGCCGUGUUCCGUGCUGAGCGUCCCGCCGCCCCGAGCAACCGACCAUUCAGGCUCGGCGCGAUGCCGAGAACCUCCAGCGGCAGCUACUUCCUCUUCCUGUCGUCGCUGCAUCAACAACGGGUCCUGGGGAACGGACCGACAGCGUUCAGGGAUUCCGUCGACUUCAAGUACAAGAGCAUAUUGCGCCGCCUGCUCUAUGGCUCGCGCUCAGACCGACCUUCGCGCCCUUCAGGACGCAGCAGACAGUGCUAUGCGCUGACGAGUGGAGACGAGUGCAUGCCGCUACUUGCGAAUCAGUUUAUUUGGCCUACAAUGCAGGUGCGCCAAGAGGUCAUCCAAGAUAGAGGGAUGGUACUGCUGAUGGUGCACAGUGUUGUUACAAGUACACUGCAACAAUGGGAUUCUGCCAAGUUUGAGGAUGUCGAACUGGCCAUUUUUCUACUGUAUAACAUUGGGGAGGCUCUUCCGGCCAGCCAGGGUAACCACUUCAUUGGGGAUGACAACAAAGUCGUUGCACUCAAAGAGAUGAUGCGAUUGCUCAUCAGUAGUCACGUUAGUCGCUACAGCCACACGGCUGUGCAGCUGCAGUUCUUUGAAACCGUCGUGCGCUACGAGAAAUACUUCAACUGCGAGUCGGACCAGGUGCCGGAAGUAAUGGUUGCGUUCCUUGACAGUCGAGGGCUGCACCACCAGAGCUGCAGGGUGAGAAGUCGAGUGUCGUACCUGUUCUCCCGUUUCAUCAAGUCUUCAAAGGCGCAUCUGCAGCCGUUUGUCGAGGACAUACUGAAACAGCUCGAGGACCUACUGGUGGUGCCACCUGCUGAGAAUGGCAUUGAACUAUUGUUGUCCCCGGAUGAUCAGUUGUUUUUGUACGAGGCAGCGGCUGUGCUUAUUGUUAGUAGCAGCUUUGAACCACAGAAGAAGCAACUGUUUAUGAAGAGUCUGCUCGCUCCCAUAGUCAGGAAAUUCUCCGAGCUUCUGGAGAAGCUGGCGCUAGAAAACAACGAGCAACGACAGCAGCUGAUAGCAGAUGCUCUCGCUCAAGCCAUGGCCUUCGCCAGUCGUACGAGCAAGGCUUUCUCCAACCAGCAGCCGAUGAAACAAUGUGGCUGCGUGGAGGCAUACACAGAAACACUUCAGGUUUUCCUGACGGCGUUGUCCGUGCCCGUGCAGGUGGCGCCGGUGCAGUCGGGCGUGCGGCAGUACCUGCACCGGAUGGUCGUGUGUUUGGAAGACGACGUGAUGCCGUACAUUCCCGUUGCCGUGGAAGCGCUGCUGCAGCGCAGCGACGCUCGCAGCAUCCAGGAGUUCAUCCCGCUCAUCAACCAGAUCGUCGCCAAGUUCAAGAAGUUGGUGGUGCCGCUGUUGCAGCAGGUGUUCAUGCCGUUUGUGCGCACCGUGUUCUCCGUGCUGAGCGUGCCGGCGCCCGACAACGACCUUCAGGCUCGGCGCGACGCCGAGACGCUCCAGCGCAGCUACUUCCUCUUCCUGUCGUCGCUCAUCAACAACGGGGUCACGGAGGUCAUAGCGAAGCAAGCUCCACAGGACAUGCAGGAAGUGUUGUCUACUGUAAUCCAUGGUGCUGUGAACUCACCUGACCCUGUCGCGCAGAAGACGUGUUUCAACAUCCUGCGCAGGCUGGUUGAGUCCUGGGGAACGGACGACAGCGUUCAGGGAUUCGUCGACUUCAUGUACAAGAGCAUAUUGCCCGCCUGCUUCAUGGCUCCGCUCAGAACAACCUUCGACCUUCAGGACGCACAGACAGUGCUAGCGCUGAACGAGUGUGCGCUGUGUCUGAAAACUAUCGCUGACAAGAGGGGAGACGAGUGCAUCCGCUACUUGCAGAAUAGUUAUUUGCCUACAAUGCAGGUGGCGCCAGAGGUCAUCCAGGAAUAUUGUCUUGCUCUGAAGUCAGACCAGAAAGUGUUUAAAAGCUACUUGAAGGUAUUUUUCCAGAGAGCAAAGACAUGAUAAACGAUGAGUGCUUGCAAGUGUCCAGCCAGAGAGGUGGGGAUGCUCUCUCAAGCAAUAGCCAUAGCUGCUGCGGUGAAAUUGACCCCGGCCACUUCUGUGGACGGACAUUUUUAGUUGAAUUGUUAUGGCUUGUGUUGUUGUGUAUAUGGUAUUUAAUCGUGUAAAUGCUGGGUAAAGCCACGUAUUUUUGUAUUGUUUUGUUAGGCAGGUUCUUGAAUGCUCUGUUGUUUUUGUACGUAAGACGUUGGCGCCUGACCGGUUUCCGUGGCGACAUUAAUGCUGUGCAUGUGAUAGAUGCCUUCUGACAUCUGAGUCUAUUGGUUGGUCCUGCUGUUUUACUGUUUGCUUUAACAGUAAUGACGAGAUUAUGUCGAGUUAUGACGAAAGCAGUUUCUUGCGAGGCUCAGUCGAAGGAAUGUUCAGAAAGAAAUUGAUAGAUGAUGAAUUUUAUUAUUCCUUAAUUUUAUCACUGCUUGGUUUGUAUCACCUGAAGUGGGGAAAUUUUUUGGUCUGAUUUACCAUACUUGAUUUACCAUUACUGUAUUUUAUCCAGUACAAGACAUGAAUUGUAAAUACAGCUUGAUAAAAGGCACCUUACAUUUGUUAUUAAAGCUUGGCUUAACCGCUUUAACGUCAUUUCAUGACAAGUAUAAUAUACACGAUGGUAUCUCGUGAUUCUCUUAAUCUUAUUUACCUCAAGCAUUAAGACAGCGUGGGCAACCAGCCAUUUCUACUGUUCUCUUGUUGUAGACAGGUGGUCCGCUUGCAAGAUUGUAGUUUUGUGUGAACUUGUGUUAUUUAUACGUUUUUACGUCCAUGCCCGUAGCGAUAGUGCACGCAUAGCCACACGUGCAGUGUUUUGUUUGUAAAUACUCGAGUAGGGUUAUCUUUGCUGGCGCAGGGUUCCAUUUAUGUUGCAAGAUCAGCUGUCGUGUGUCAUUACAUAGUUUGAUCAAGCAUUUAAUGUACCUUGUUACAGUAUAGACGGCUCAAUGGCCUCAAUACGGUGGCCAAGAACACUAGAAUGGCUGGUCGCCCUCUUGACGAUUCUAUUACAAAAUCUGUAAAUUUGGCUUUUCCAACUCGUAUAUUCCCUAGACGAUUAGAUUAUCAUUCAACUAGUCUGGAAAAUCUUAUAGGACAUAAUUUUACAUCCGUGUGGUUAUUGAGAUUACUAUUGUACUUGGGUGAAAUAUUCGAUGGUAUUUGUUAUAUAUCUAUGCAGUCCUUUUUCCUUUGCCUCUUUGGCAAUGUAAAUCUUAAGUAAAUAAAUGCAAUUAGCAGAAUUUAAUUGCUCUCAUCACAAA